GCCUGUUGGUCAGUGCGGGACAGCACAGGUCACAGCUGAGCCGGAGCCGAUGGCAUCAUGGAGCCUCCGAGGUCCGCCGCUUCAUUUCUCAACUGAUGGAGAGCUGUAUCAGAAACGCGGGGCAGUUUGGAUUGCACAGAUACCAGGAUGUCCUGCACAGUCAAAAAUGCCUUUGCCUUUGGUGCUGAAUAAAAUUCAGCAUCAUGCCUAGAAAAUGGACAAAAUGAUGAAAAGUGCAGCCUUAACUUAAUUAAAAGACAAUGCAUGUCUGUAUGUUUUAGUUGGAUAUACAAUAUUGCCAUACAAAAAUGCCUUUAAAUAUUAGAGCAAAACCUGCUCAGAGCAAGCUGUCUGCUGUGUCAAAGAGUAGCGGCCAUGCUGCUGCCAGUGUGCUCCAUUCUCGUGUUUCCAGGGCCCCUAAACAUGCAAAAGGCAAGACUUUAACUUCCACCCCAGGCUGCCGCUCUGGUCUAGAGCCGGGCUCAGUGUCAGGGGGUGUGCCUGCACCAAGCUCCAGACCAGAGGGACCCAGGUCUCUUUCCAAAUCAAGUUUGAAGGUGAAACAGAACACAGCAUCAGAGAAAACAACUAACUAUGGCCUAGGAAGUGGCUCGGGUGGGAAGACCCUCUCCAUGGAGAACAUACAGUCUUUAAGUGCUGCCUAUGCCACUUCAGACACAACGUAUCCCACUGACUGUGAUCCCUUAGAGCAAUCUGGGCAUCCCAAAGGCACUUUGUCUCUGGGCCGGAGCACUUACCACUCUCACACUGGACCACCGGCAGCCUCCGGCAGCAGUCCUAAUAUUGCCUCAUCCAGAUCACCGCCACAACCACAGUCACGCCAAUGUGGAGACCAGAGCACACACAACACAUGUAGUCCACAGCAGCAGUCUGCUAGGCAUCCACACACUCUCCAGGCUUCUACCUUUGAUCUCCAUACUGAGCUGAGAGAGCUAAGGAGAGAAAAUGAUCACCUAAAGCGAGAAAUGGAUGGAGGAAGAGAAGAAAGAAUUGGUGAUAACAGCAGUGCCAGUAUGUGGAGCAACUCCGAGUUAAAGCAAGGCAAAGGGUUCAUGCCAGAGGACAGAAUGAGAGGCUCAAUUCUGAAAGACCAGUACAGGAACCACCAUGACCAGCACAGGGACCACGAGGAAGUGGAGAUUCCAUUGACAGUCCAUGAGCUUCAAGAGGAGAUCAGAGCACAUCGAGAAAUGAACGGUCGUUUGAAGCAUCAGUGGUAUCAAGGAAACUCCCUCCUUUUGGACGAAGAGCACAGAGGGGACCACAGCCCUGGCCCCAGUCCCAGGCAGAGCCCUAGCCACCUACAUAGUCCCAGUCUAAAGAAAAGCCCCAAACCCAGCCCAUCCAACACUAUGACCUUACUACGACCGCAAGAAGCAGAUAUUAUCAUCCAUAGCCCUGCUCAUGGGUGUAGCCCUGUGGGCUCUGCCCAGAGAGUGAGUCUAACCAACACUCUCCACUCAGGACCUAGAAAAAGUCCAAAUGUAACUCAUUACAGCUCGAGUCAUGGGUCAGCUAGAGCGCCAAGCCCUAAUUAUCAGCAACCCUGUAGCCCCUGCCAGGUACCUGGCUGUGACUGCUGCUCUUCACCUCCUCCUCUGGAUUCAUCUGCAGAGAACUACUUCCGCUUACAGUCAGAGCAUGAUCGUCAAGCCAAAGAGCUGUUUAUGCUGAAGAAAACCAUGGAGGAGAUGGAGAAGAGAAUAGACUGUCAGAAGCAGACAUUGGGGGCCCGGGACGAGAGCAUCCAGAGGCUACUGGAGAUGCUGCAAGGCCAGAGUCAGAACCAGAGGGGCUGGGGACAAAGGACUGGGGUUAUCUCUGCAGCAACUCAAGAGGCUGAAGCCCAGCUGGAAAACAUGCAAACCAGAGAGACCACCAACCCACCUUUUUGUUUUGACCCUGACGUUGUUUGGCAGGACACCAAAAUCUCAUCCCUGGAGAGGAACCUCAGGGACUUAGAGGAUGAGGUCCAGAUGUUAAAGACCAGUGGCCUGCUGCACCCUGACGACAGGCAGGAUGAGCUCAAGCAGGUGGAGGUCUACAAGAGCCACUCCAAAUUCAUGAAGACUAAGGAGCGGACCUUGUCUCCAUGUGUGUCUCAGAGCUCCAUCAGACCAGCUCCCACCUUCCUCCUCCCUUCCACACAGCCCUGGAUCACAGAGCAACCAGAAAUUGACCACCUGAAGCAAGAACUGAGCAAGAAGGAGACUGAGAUGCAAACCUUACAGACCAAGUUGGAGACACUGACCAAUCAGAAUUCAGACUGCAAGCAGCACAUCGAGGUGCUUAAGGAGUCACUCACCGCCAAGGAGCAGCGUGCCAAUACUCUUCAGACAGAGGUUGAUGCUCUGCGGGUGCGUCUGGAGGAGAAAGAGCAGUUUCUGACCAAAAAGACAAAACAGUUGCAGGAUCUGUCUGAUGAGAAGAGCACGCUGACCGGAGAGAUACGGGACCUAAAGGACAUGCUGGAGGUCAAGGAGAGGAAGGUCAAUGUCCUGCAAAAGAAGAUCGAAAACCUGUUGGAACAAUUGAGGGAUAAAGACAAACAGCUGGCUGGGUUAAGGGAAAGAGUCCAAGGCCUUCAAACUGACUCGAGUAACACCGACACAGCCUUGGCCACACUGGAGGAGGCCCUAUCAGAAAAGGAGCGUGUGAUUGAGAAUCUGCGAGAACAAAAGGAGCGAGAGGACAGGAUGAGGCUGGAAGACAUGGAGCUUCUGAGGAAAGAAAACCAAGAACUAAAAGACAGACUGUCCACCAUACAGCCUCAGAGACCAUUGAAAACCAGCAACCAGUCCACAAGCCCCACCCCCAACCCAACCCAACGUACGGAAACAGAGACGGCGAGUUUAAACGGAACAUCGCGAAGCCCUGACAUCACCGAGCGUCUGAGGCUGCUGGAGCAGGAAGUGUCCCGUUACAGAGAGGAGUCGGUCAAGUCACAGGCCGAAGUGGACAGGCUCAUGGCGGCUCUGAGGGAUGCCGAAACAGACCGAUCGUUCAAGGAUAAAAAGAUAUCUGACCUGGAGAGGCAAAUCAAAUCGCCCAACAUCCAGAAGCAGAUUAUCCCAGCUGAGAUGAGAAGAGAUGCAGUUCCAGAUGGACAUGCGCACCCACAGUCUUUAUCACAGCUUCCUUCCCAGGAUGCAAUGCGGGAGACGGCCGAGCGGAUUGGGGAGUUGGAGAAGGCGCUAAGGGAGAGCAUGAAAACGUCUGCGCAUAGAGAGGCGCUGUGGGCACAGGAGGAGGCUGCACGAGUACAGGCUCAAAGACAGUUGGAGGAACUGAUGAGGGCAUUGGAGAAAACCCGUGAGGAACUUGAUGCCACCAAGAUGCGUCUGUCCACCACUCAGCAGUCCUUACACGAAAGGGAUGGCCAUCUUACCAACCUGCGUCAAGAGCGAAGGAAACAGCUGGAGGAAAUCCUGGAAAUGAAGCAACAGGCUCUAUUGGCGGCCAUCAGUGAAAAGGACGCCAACAUUGCUCUUCUGGAGAUAUCCGCCUCAAAUCGAAAAAAGGCCCAGGAAGAAGUGAUGGCUUUGAAGAGGGAGAAAGACAGACUCAUGCACCAGUUAAAACAGCAGACACAGAAUAGAAUGAAGCUGAUCUCAGACAACUAUGAAGAGGAGCCUCUGCAUCCUCAACACCACCUCCACCACUCCCACCAUCUGCACUCAGCGAACAUGCACCACCGGAGUCUGCCCAGAGGACCUCCACAUGCCAACCACCGACCCCACAUGGACCAGGAUGAUGAAGAGGGGAUUUGGGCAUGACAACCGCUUCCCGUGCACCUUUCAUAGUUGAAGUAUGAGAUGGCAAUUCAUUCAGCUUUCUUCAGACUCACAGCAAGUCAUGAACUCAACCAGGCCUUGAAGACCAGUGUUAUGGUAGACUCAAGUACAUUCCACAUCGUGUUUAUUCAAAUCUGCCCUGGGUUUCAAGGUAUCCCAACAUACUCGGCUCAAGCUGUUUUGUGGCUAGCGUGACCCAGCAGUGCUAGCCAUUCAUACACUUAUGCACAAGGCAGUUAUGGAGUGUUUACAAGUGCAACUAAAUACUGGACUUCUGUAAAUACAAGGAGUUCAAUCCCUCAUUUUUGGAGAUUUUUUUUCUUGACAUACCGUGCCAAAGGAGUUGCGUCGUCCCCUACAAACUGAAACGAUUUACUGGGACAAAUCUGAAUCCUCCAUAAUCCCAGUAUACACCACAAGUUGCUCAUUUGUUUGCCAAUCAGCCACAUUCUUUGCUAAGGACUGCAGUGAAAUACAACCUAAAGAUACCCACGCAGGAAACUGUUUGAGGAUAAGCUUACAUCAUGCCUACGAACUGUUCAUUAAUGACACAAAAGACUUUCUGAAAGAACAUAUUGUUUAUGAGACUCUCCUUCUUUUCUUUUCGCCUGCUGUGUGUUUGUUUAAUCCACCAAUAUCAUGUUCUGUUUGGGUUUUCUAUGUCAAAAAUGGUUUGAUGUGUCACAAAUCCUGAAGUUGGUGCGGCUGUAAAUGACGUACUUUGCGGAUAGGUGAGUCAUGACUGUACACCCAUCAAGAAUAACAAAAUGGCCGCUUGCAUUAUUGAGGAUUUGGGCAAAAAACGAAGUUACGACUGUUAGAUAACUGUGUCAGUUUAUUGCCAUAACUGCAGAUUCUGCAUUGUGUCAGCAUUCUGCAGUAGUUAAAAUCAAAAGGGAUAGAGCUGAAUUUGCAAUGAACGAUUAUGGCGUGGAGUGUAAGCUUCAACUUAACAGACCAAAAACUGAGAAAGUAGGACUGGGCGAUAUGGGGAAAAAAAAAAAAAAAAAAGAAACCAUUCUUUUCUCAUCUAUGUUCUUUUCAAAAACACAAAAAAUAGUCCCUUUCUUCCUCCAACAUCUGAACUCUGCUCCAAACCACAUGCUUUUACAGGCAGAGCACUGGUUAUGGACCUUUCUAUAAAAAAAAAAAAAUCUAAAAAAUUAUUGAUGAUUAGAAAUGACUGCAUGCCAAUUAAAAUUCUGUUAAUUGCUCAGCCACAUGAAAAAGUUACUGAUUCUGAUAACAGUAGAUACAUUGACAAUGCAAUGCAUUACAGUUUGUGUAUGAAGAAGCAUAAUAAGUAAGUAGUCAUAAAGUUAUUCCUGAUUGGUUUUAAUUAUAUUUUUAUCAGAACAUUACUAUCAUCAUUACUAUUGGAAUGCGAAAUUGCAGUUAUCUGAUGACUACCUUUGAAAUCUUUGAUAGCAUGGACCACUCCUAGAUUAAUUAGGGAUUACAUCGACAUGUUGUCUGUAGCAUUACUUUUACAGAAAAAAAAUUCCAUUGCGCUUAUCUAAUAAGCAGUUUUGUACACGGCAGUUGUGUUCAUAUUUGGUUUUUGAUUGUUCAGUAUUUCUGUUUUUCUUCUUUUUUUGGAUUAAAUUUGGUUUUACAACACAUUCAACGUGUUUUUACGCAUUGUUCAUUUAAAGGUGCAUUGUUUAAUUUUUCUUAUGAAGAGGUCAUCAAAUGCUUAUUAAACCUUUCUAACUUUAUUGGAAACUAAGUUACAGGUCAGAUCUAUGGAGAGGAGCUCACAGUCAAAAUGCAUUUUUUUUCCCACACAUUUCGAGAUACAAAACAAAAAAAAUGUAAGGUAGAUGAUGUAGAUUAAUGUCAUAUUGCAGAACAUUCCAGGCAGAGCAAUGACAUCUCCAUAGAAACAACCAGGUGAUGGACCUCCUACCAAAA